AUGUCCCUGAUCCCGCGCGCUGCUCCGGCGGCGAGCAUGGCGUUCGCCGGACGGGACCCCGCUGUCAUCUCCCUCCUCAAGAUGCUACCGCUGCUCGUGCUCCUCACCUUCUCCUCCGCCGCGGCGCCCCCGGCGGCGGCGUCACCCUCCGCCGUGCACAACAACAACUGGGCCGUGCUCGUCUGUACCUCUCGCUUCUGGUUUAAUUAUAGACAUAUGGCCAACACGCUGUCUUUGUACAGGACUGUUAAGAGAUUGGGAAUACCUGACGAGAGGAUAAUACUUAUGUUGGCUGAUGAUAUGGCUUGUAAUCCUCGGAACAAUUAUCCUGCCCAAGUGUUCAACAAUGAGAACCACCAGCUUAAUCUUUAUGGUGACAAUGUUGAGGUUGAUUACCGAGGUUAUGAGGUUACAGUUGAAAACUUUUUGCGAGUUUUGACUGGAAGACAUGAGAGCGCUGUACCAAGAUCAAAGCGUCUCUUAAGUGAUGAAGGAAGCCAUAUUCUUUUGUACAUGACUGGACAUGGCGGGGAUGAAUUUUUGAAGUUCCAAGAUAACGAAGAACUUCAGAGCCAUGAUUUAGCAGAUGCAGUAAAGCAAAUGAAGGAGAAGCAUAGAUUUAAAGAGUUGUUGAUAAUGGUAGAUACCUGCCAGGCUGCUACUCUUUUUUCACAGCUUCAAUCACCCGGUGUUUUGGCGAUUGGUAGCAGCAUGAAGGGGGAAAACUCUUACUCUCACCAUCUCGACUCAGACAUUGGUGUUUCUGUUGUGGAUAGAUUUACCUUCCAUACACUUGCUUUCUUUGAGAAGCUGAACAUGUAUAGCAAUGCUUCAUUGAACAGUCUUUUCAACUCAUACGACCCUUCUAUGCUGCUGUCUACUGCAUAUUAUCGAAUGGAUCUUUACAAGCGUGCAUUAAACGAGGUCCCAGUGACAAAUUUCUUUGGAUCAGUCAUGAAGACUAUCCACACUGAUUCAGCCUACACAGGCUUUCUAGCUGCACAUGACGCGGAACUCCCCCUUUCUGCAGGAAAUAAUAUACUUGAUCAUGUCAUGUCACAGAAUGAGGCUAGUGCAAGAAGAUCGAACAUAGAAGAGAUGAAUGAGGCACAAUUAAUGUCCCAUGGAUGGACAGAGGUCCUGCUAGAGCAGCUGGAAGACAAAAAUUCUGAUGUUGUUGUGAUGUAUGGUCUGGGAACUAUGGGCAUAUUGCUGGCAAUUUCAACCUGGCUAUCAAUGUAG